UUUUUAAGCACUGGGAAUGCCUGGUAGAAGGAUCCAAUACCAAGUAGCCAUGACUCAACUGCAGGUUAUGUGGCUGCUUCUUCUUUCUCCCGCCCUAGUACUCUCCCAGGUGCCAGCACCGGUUGUCUCUGAAACGCUGCGACGAGCACCACCACCGGGCUGCAAUACCACUACCAGGUGCGGCGGCGUAACCAUUCCCUACCCCUUCGGCCUGAGCAAACCCUGCUCUUGGGACAAAUUCUUCAAACUCUCCUGCAAUCGUAGCUUUAGCCCUCCAAGACCGUACUUGGGCAACGUCGAGGUGAUGGACAUAACGGUGGAGACAGGCGAGAUGCGCGUCUACAGCUCCGUCGCGCACCGCUGCUUCAACUCGUCGAAGGAAUCCGGCCAUCGUCCAUCACAGAGGUACAACUUCACCGGCACGCCGUUCCUGGUGAAGCCGGGGAGGAACGAGUUUACGGGCAUCGGGUGCUACAACCUGGCGGUGCUCCGUGGCAAGGAAGACAGCAGCUACUUCAGCGCCUGCUUGACGACGUGCACUAGCCUGGAUGAUGCGUCUACCGGCAACAGCAAUGGCUGCGCAGGGCUCGGCUGCUGCCAGAUACAAUUGCCGACCGAGCUCAACAUGAUCCGUGUACAAUUGCCGGAGCAAGACGACAACACUACAUGGAAUUUCAGCCCCUGCAGCUACGCCUUGGUGGCCGAGAAGGGAUGGUACAAAUUCAGCCUGAACGACCUGAAUGGUACCGGAGAGAUGGCAUAUAACGUACGGGUUGGUCACAGAAGCGCCCCUUUGGUGCUUGACUGGGCCAUCGAUGUUUCCAGGGAUGGAGCCUGCGUCAGUUCCAACAGCUAUCGCGUCACCGUGAGAGAUGACCAGGGGUAUCUCUGCAAUUGCUCCAAGGGAUACCAAGGGAAUCCAUACGUCACGGAUGGCUGCAAGAAUAUCGACGAAUGCGAAUCUCCAGAAUUAUAUCCUUGUCCAAGUGGCUCCAAUUGCAAGGACACAGAAGGUAGCUACAUGUGUCCAUGCAAAUUUGGCCUAAGAGGAAAGGACUGUCGUCCCAUAUUUCCCGCGCCUGCUGCUGCAGUACUAGCAACCACUGUCGCAAGCCUAUUUCUGGCGCUCCUACUCUGGUCCAUUCACAAGGAUCGAAAGCGGCGAAUCAAGACAGUUUUCUUCGACCAAAACGGGGGUAAAAUACUGAAGGGUGCAGCUGGCAUCAACAUAUUCACAGAAAAGCAGCUGAUCAAGUUCACAAACCACUACGACACCCUCAUCGGAAGAGGUGCCUUCGGCAUGGUGUUCAUGGGAACCACUGACGAAGAGCAGAGAGUUGCGGUUAAACGGUCCAUCAUAGAAGACAAGGAACUUCAUGGAAGAGGGAACCUUCAGCACGGGGAGGACAUUGUGAACGAGAUCACCUUCCAGUUCCGGAACAGCCACCCAAACCUGGUCCGGCUUGUCGGGUGUUGCUUGGAGACAAAUAUCCCUGUGUUGGUCUUCGAGUUCAUCAGUAACGGGAACCUCUAUAACCUGCUGCAUGUUUCAACGCAUAAGGUUGUCCCGCUACGGACACGCCUCAAGAUUGCCAUCGGAUCUGCAGAAGCUCUGGCCUAUAUCCACUCGCAUGGUGAUCACGACUGCGUCGUCCACGGUGAUGUCAAGUCUGCCAACAUCCUCCUAGAUGAUAACCUCAUGCCCAAGGUCUCCGAUUUCGGAUCGUCCAAGCUUUUGUCGAUUGAUAGGUAUGCCAGAGCUGUGGCCGCAGAUAUGAGCUACGUGGAUCCAGUGUAUAUGAAGACGGAACGUUUUGUGAAGAAGAGUGACGUCUACAGCUUUGGCAUGGUUCUCCUUGAGCUGAUCACCCGGAAGACUGUUAAGUAUGGCAAAAGUAAAAUAAAUAGCCUCCCCAUGGACUUUGUCAGGUGUUGUAAGGAGAUGGGCAGCGGACGGGAGAUGUACGACAUAGCCAUUUCAUCUCAUGGCGACACUCAAUGUCAUCACUGCAUAGAUUGCCUUGACAAGAUCGGCGCUCUGGCGGUUCGGUGUCUCAAGGAAGAUGUGGAUGAGAGACCGACAAUGGCAGAGGUUGUGGAUGAAUUGAAGCUAGCGUCAGAGGCAGUGGAGAAAUGCAAGCAUCAUGUGAACUUAAUAGCAUACGAUCGCUCAUGUUAUUUGGAGGUAUGUUAAAGUCAUGUACAUAUUGGUGAAGACAGCAAUGCAAGCAUGCUUGGAAGGCUCAAGCUAUAGCUACUUUUUAGUACUAUCUUGAACCGUAGAUUACAUCACUAUAUAUAAAACUACUUGUCCAGCUUGUAUGGAUUUAUGCACGCAAGUGUACUAUAUUUUCUGUAUUGGAAAGGGUGAGAUAGUUUGUCAGCUACUUUAUUGUAUCCCGUAAUUUCAUAAUUCAGAAAAUAUAUUAUGUUUGGCAUA